AUGAGAAAGAAUCCCUGCAGAACGAGGUCGAGACUGUCAGAAGGCAGGCUGCAGAAGCUGAGGCGCAUUCGCAGGAAAGCCCACAAGACUUGGCAAGGCGACUGCAGGAAAGUUCCCACAAGUUGCAAGAGACCCGGGAAGCUUUGCAAGCUGCCCUUGAUGAGAAAGAAUCCCUGCAGAACGAGGUCGAGACUGUCAGAAGGCAGGCUGCAGAAGCGCAGGAAAGCCCGGAAGACUUGGCAAGGCGGCUGCAGGAAAGUUCCCACAAGUUGCAAGAGACUUUGCAGGCUGCUCUGGAUGAGAAGGAAUCCCUGCAGAAGCAGGUCGAGGCUGUCAGAAGGCAGGCUGCAGAAGCUGAGGUGCAUUUGCAGCAAAGCCAGAGAGACUUUGGAAGGCAACUGCAGGAGACAGCAGGACGCGCGCAGCCAAGAGCUAGAAGCUUUGCAGGCGCGAGAUGCGGAUCACGGCCGGAAGUUGCAGGCAAAGGAUGAACAUCUGCUGGAGCUUCAGCGAGCGCAGGCGCAGCAAGCUGAACAUCAUCUCGAGCUUGAAGAAGCAUUGCAGGAGCAAGAUGAGCACCACACCAACAAGGCGGAGGCUCAGCUGGCUGAGCACCGCCUCGAGCUUGAACGGAUUCUGCAGGCAAAGGACGCGGAACACAGCGAAAACUUGCAGGUGGAAGCUGCACACCGUUUGGAACUCGAGCAAGCGCUGCAGGAACAUCACCAGCAGCAGAGCAGCAAGCUCGAGGCCAAGGAUGCGGAACACUCCGAGAAGUUGCAGGUGCAGCAAGCUGAACACCGCCUGGUACUCGAGCAAGCACUGCAGGAGCAUCAUGAUCAGCAGACCAACAAGCUCGAGGCCAAGGAUGCGGAACACUCCGAGAAGUUGCAGGUGCAGCAAGCUGAACACCGCCUGGUACUCGAGCAAGCACUGCAGGAGCAUCAUGAUCAGCAGACCAACAAGCUCGAGGCCAAGGAUGCGGAACACUCCGAGAAGUUUCAGGUGCAGCAAGCUGAACACCGCCUGGUACUCGAGCAAGCUCUGCAGGAGCAUCAUGAUCAGCAGACCAACAAGCUCGAGGCCAAGGAUGCGGAACACUCCGAGAAGUUGCAGGUGCAGCAAGCUGAACACCGCCUGGUACUCGAGCAAGCACUGCAGGAGCAUCAUGAUCAGCAGACCAACAAGCUCGAGGCCAAGGAUGCGGAACACUCCGAGAAGUUUCAGGCGCAGCAAGCUGAACACCGCCUGGUACUCGAGCAAGCACUGCAGGAGCAUCAUCAGCAGCAGACCAACAAGCUCGAGGCCAAGGAUGCGGAACACUCUGAGAAGUUGCAGGUGCAGCAAGCUGAACACCGCCUGGUACUCGAGCAAGCACUGCAGGAGCAUCAUCAGCAGCAGACCAACAAGCUCGAGGCCAAGGAUGCGGAACACUCUGAGAAGUUGCAGGUGCAGCAAGCUGAACACCGCCUGGUACUCGAGCAAGCACUGCAGGAGCAUCAUCAGCAGCAGACCAACAAGCUCGAGGCCAAGGAUGCCGAGCACUGCGAAAAGUUGCAGGUACAGCAAGCUGAACACCGCCUGGUACUCGAGCAAGCACUGCAGGAGCAUCAUCAGCAGCAGACCACCAAGCUCGAGGCGAAGCAUGCGGAUCACACCGAGAAGUUGCAGGUUCUGCAAGCUGAACACCGCCUGGAACUUGAGGAAGCGCUGCAGGAGCAUCAUCAGCAGCAGACCAACAAGCUCGAGGAGCAUCAUCAGCAGCAGACUAGAAUGCUCGAGGCGAGGGACGCGGAACACUGCGAGAAGUUGCAGGUGCGGAAAGCUGAACAUCAACUGGAACUUGAGCAUCUUGCACAAGCGCUGCAGGCGAAAGAUGCGGAACACAGCGAGAAGUUGCAGGUGCAGAACGCUGAACAUCGUAUGGAACUCGAGCAAGCCCUGCAGGAGAAGCAUCAGCAGCAGACCGGCCAGCUCGAGGCGAAAGAUGCGGAACACAGCGAGAAGUUGCAGGUGCAGCACGCUGAACAUCGUCUGGAACUCGAGCAAGCCCUGCAGGAGAAGCAUCAGCAGCAGACCGGCCAGCUCGAGGCGAAAGAUGCGGAACACAGCGAGAAGUUGCAGGUGCAGCACGCUGAACAUCGUCUGGAACUCGAGCAAGCCCUGCAGGAGAAGCAUCAGCAGCAGACCGGCCAGCUCGAGGCGAAAGAUGCGGAACACAGCGAGAAGUUGCAGGCGCAGCACGCUGAACAUCGUCUGGAACUUGAGCAAGCCCUGCAGGCACAUGCCCUAGAGAAGAGCGAGACCAUUCAGGCACUACACGCAAAGCAUCGAGCCGAGCUGGAAGCAGCGCUCAAGGCGAAAGAUGAGGAGCACCAGCAGAAUGUUCAGGAAUUGCAGCGACGGCAUGAGGCAGAUCUUCAAAGAUCCCUGGAGGAGAAGGAGCUGCAGCAGAGGGAGCAUCAGAAGGCCGUGGAGGCGCUGAAAGCUGAGCAGAGUGCUAUGGAGGAGAAGCAGACGGGCUUUCAGCAAGACUUUGACAACAAGUACAAGACCUUGCUGGGCUCCAUGAAGGAAGCUGCUCAGGUCAAGCAGGAGCUGAAGUUGGACGGUGACUUUGACGUCAUCGUGGGUGAGAAGGUGGAUGACUUUAUCUUUGAAGUGUCUCAGAACCUUUUCCCCGCGAUUUGCUUGGACGUGUCCCCUGGAUCGGUGAUCAUCACAGUGGCAGCGGUGGAUGUUGCAGCUUUAAACCGUGCCGUCAGCGCCGUGCGCGAAGACGGGCUUCAUCUUCCGAGCUUCGGAGAUCUUCAGGAGGUGCCUGACAUUCCAAGUCCCCGGCGCGCGCAGGAUUUGAUCCGCCAGAUCCACUGGAGGAGCCUUCCGGUGGUGUGCGGGGCGGCUUUGCCAGAGAGGUGCAAGUCUGGGACGGCAGCGAUUUGCGGCUUGCGCGUCUCCGCAGUGAGCUGGAGCAAGAGAGGGCCCUCGUGA